AUGCCGCUCACCAUCCUCUCCCGAUCGCAGCUCCGCGAGCUGCUACACGCGCUUUCUCGCGACGAGAUCCAGAAUCUGCAGCGCAACCUCGCUGAAGCUCUACGAGAAUACUCCAGUGGAUCCCAGGAGAAGGGUUGUUCAGCAGCCUACCAACCCCAGCGAACCGCCAUUACUCGUCAGAAUGGCUGCACCACCCUCUUCAUGCCCGCCAGCACAGGCCAGACAAUCGGCAUCAAGAUGAUUUCCCUGCAGGACGGGGCUGCUGCCGGCUGUGCUAUUGAACAGGAUACUGUGGAUGCCCAGGGGAAGGAAUAUAUUUCCUCGCGCCGACGAGGCUCUUUCCGGAACUCCGUGGCUUCCUUAUCCUCCGAUUUGAGUGACCUGUCGGUGGGCUCCCAAGAAGAUAAGGAGGAUAAGGAGGAUAAGGAGGACAGCCUUGUCACUACCGCCAAUGAUAGCAGUGCGGCAGGAUCAAGCACGGAGAGUUCCACCCUCCUCACUGGCUGUGUUAAUCAGCAAAAUGUGACCUCGAACAUUUCUAAAACUCUUGGCGCUUGGCCAGCCGCAGGAACUCGUGACACAUCGCCCCGCGGUAGUGUGACGCUUCUAGAUGACGAAAGUCUGCCAUUCGCCUUGAUCAAUGCCCAUGAGCUGACGGCAUUCCGCACGGCCUUGGCAUCGUUGAUGAUGUUCAACAGACGCAAGAAGGUGCGCACUAUCGUUGUAUUCGGAGCGGGCACCCAGGCCUACUGGCACAUCCGCUUGGCGUUGGUUCUCCGUGGUGAGGAUAUCCGCCGCGUAUACAUUGUGAACCGAUCCUUCGAACGCGCAGCCAAACUCCUGCAGGAGAUCUAUCGGUCCGAAAACAACAAAUGGCGCAGAGAUGUCAAGUUCUCCGCCAUCAGCACCGAUUUCGGCGAGUAUAGUCGUGUUUUGAAGGAGCACGUGCGCAAGGCUGACGCGAUCUUCUGUUGUACUCCCUCGUCGGAGCCCCUUUUCCCUGCGGAGUACCUCACUUCGCCCGAAGGCCGUCAAAAGGGCCGGUUAAUUUGUGCAAUUGGAUCAUACAAGGCACAUAUGACCGAGAUCCACCCGGAGAUCCUCCGAGAUGAGGUCAACAUGCAAGCUACGCAUAGCGGCUGGUACAAGCAUGUUCACCGUAGUGGUGUGAUCUUAGUGGAUAGCCUAGACGCGGCCAUGAAAGAGGCGGGUGAGAUUAUUCAAGCCGGAAUUAAGCCGAAACAAGUUGUGGAGUUAGGCGAGCUACUAAUGAUUCGUGAUUCUACCCGUGAAACGGCGACUGUGGAUGAGGAAAAGGGCCUGCGUGAAUGGGCCCAGCGGGGAAAUGUCAUUUACAAAUCCGUUGGGCUUGGGCUGAUGGAUCUCGUGACUGGCGGAGAUUUGGUGCGCUUGGCACGGGAGCGGAAGUUGGGCACGACAGUGGAGGACUUUUGA